AUCGGACGCGACGAAAGCCAGCGAGGCGAUGCGCCGCGGCGAUCUGCCGGUUGGGCAGGUGUCCGUGCGCGAGUAGUGCUGAUAAAAUGUACUACGGCCUCCGCUGGCGCCGUGUUUCCGCGCUGGUAGUGGACGUCUCCGAGUAUUCGUGCUAGCUGGUGGAGCCAGACGGCCCGUGACAACUGCGGCGGCGAAACCGAGAUUGCGAGCAAGCCGCCGGCGAUGUCGUGACGAAGAUCGUGCUGCUUGCUGCCGCCGUCGGACACCGCUCGACGAAGACAUGUCCACCUACAGGGCAAGGGUCCAUGACUUGAAGAAGCUCCUGGAGUCAGAUCGUAUCGACACGCGGAGACUUCGUGAGCUCUGCUUUCAAGGCAUUCCUGAUGACAGUGGUUUGCGACCUCUCUGCUGGCGGCUUCUGCUUGGGUUCCUGCCAGCAGACCGCUCAGAAUGGCCAGCCAUCCUUGCUAAACAGAGGAGCCUGUACGAGCAGUUUGUGGAUGACAUGAUUGUCUCCAAUCAAGAAGGUGGCACCAGCCCAACCGAGCCAGAUGACCACCCCCUCAGUGUGAACCCGAGCAGCCGGUGGCAGGUGUACUUCCGGGACAAUGAGGUCCUUCUGCAGAUCGACAAGGAUGUGCGGCGCCUGUGCCCGGACAUGUGCUUCUUCCAGCGCCCCACCGAGCACCCGUGCGUCCGGAUUGCCGCCGACCCUCGGGUGCAGGGGCUACGGGAGCGUGUGCAGCGCAGCAUGCUGCGGGCUGCCAAUGUCACACGCUCCCGCCAGGGCAUCACCAACAUAUCAGCUUGCGUGCGGUCACGACCCGCACACGAGCCACUGGAGCAGCUCGGUGAAGGACAAGAGGCCCACUGGGAAGUGGUUGAACGUAUUCUCUUCCUCUAUGCAAAGCUUAAUCCAGGCCUCGGAUAUGUUCAAGGUAUGAAUGAGAUUAUUGGCCCCAUUUACUACACCUUGGUGUCUGAUCCCAACCCAGAGUGGAGAAAGUAUGCGGAAGCGGACUGCUUCUUCUGCUUCACGAGUCUCAUGUCGGAGAUCCGGGACUUUUUCAUCAAGACAUUGGACGAGUCAUCGUCUGGUAUUGGUGCCAUGAUGGAGCGUCUGAUGCAGCUUCUGCGUCGUCGGGAUGAUCGGUUGUACGGGCACCUGAAGCAGCUGCAAGUAGAGCCGCAGUACUACAGCUUCCGCUGGAUCAUGCUACUCCUCUCGCAGGACUUCCCACUGCCUGAUGUGCUGCGGAUCUGGGAUUCCUUGUUUGCUGAUCCACAGAGGUUCACUUUUCUCAUCUACAUCUGCUAUGCCAUGCUUUCGAAGUUGCGGGACAAGCUCAUGAUGGGUGACUUUCCUUCAAUCAUCAAGCUACUUCAGAAUUUUCCUGACGUGGAUGUGAGCGAGCUGAUUUCCCAGGCCCUGUCUGCCCAGCAGGAAGACCUCGUGAUGUCAUCCAGCUGAUGCCGUGCAGCAGCUGCCACGACAGGCAGCUACCAUAUUCCUGCUCUAGGCCACACCGACCAAUUAUGCUCACGGCCCCCCAUAGGGGGACAGUAAUAAAUUUAAGUGUUUUCUUU